AUUUAUGAAGUGCUCCAGAAUCACUGACAACGUCGCAACGCCAAUCGAGAAUACAUUUCACCAGCUCGCGCGCUGCACCCUUUGCGACUAGACGGGGCAUCUUUAGAGCUUGUCGGAAUGGCGGAUAUCAAUUAUCUGCUCCAUGAGAGCUCGGUGGGGUACGCCAUUUUCGAGGUCGUGAACCAAGGCGAUGCAAUUGGAAACCGAUUGAAGGAAGUUCAAGAUGCGACUCUGGAUCUUGCCAAGUUUGGAAAGAUGGUCAAACUUGUCAAUUUUGCGCCAUACAGGUACACGAAAUAUUUCCGUAGCAAACGAAGUGAACUAACACCCCGCGCAGAGGAGCUGCCGAAGCUCUCGAGAACAUCAAUUUAGUGUCUGAGGGUGUUUUGUCCGAAUAUUUACGAUCGAACCUCGAGCUGAACCUCCCAAAACCAUCCAAGAAGAAGAAGGUCGUGUUAGGUGUUUCCGAUAAGAAUUUGGCUGGUAGCAUCAAGGCUUCUUUCCCGGGUGUCGACUGCGAGACGGGAGAGACUUCCGAGGUGGUCGCAGACUUGCUUCGUGGGGUGCGAUUCCACGCGGGAAAGUUGCUCAAGGGUCUCCAAGAGGGCGAUGUCGAGAGAGCUCAGCUUGGUCUUGGUCACGCAUACUCGCGUGCUAAGGUAAAGUUCUCGGUUCAGAAGAACGACAACCACAUCAUUCAAGCGAUCGCGACCUUAGACCAUCUCGACAAAGCUGUAAACACCUUUUCUAUGCGUGUCAGAGAAUGGUAUGGAUGGCAUUUCCCAGAGCUCAUUCGAAUCAUCUCCGACAACCACACCUACGCAAAGCUUGCGCUUGCCAUUGGUGAUAAGAACACUCUUACCCAGGAAUCAUUACACGAUAUCGCAGCUAUUGUUAGCGAUGACGGAGAUAUCGCGCAAGCGAUCAUUGAUGCUGGUCGCGUUAGUAUGGGCCAAGAAAUCUCAGAAACCGAUAUGGACAACGUUUCCGCAUUCGCAAACCGUGUGGUUAAGCUCGCCGAGUACAGAAAAUCUCUCUUCCAAUACCUAGUCAACAAAAUGGCAAUUGUCGCACCCAACCUAGCCUCCUUGAUUGGAGAAGUUGUCGCAGCUCGACUCAUCUCCCACGCCGGAUCCCUUACUAACCUCUCCAAAUACCCCGCAUCCACUGUUCAAAUUCUUGGUGCUGAGAAGGCGCUUUUCAGAGCCCUGAAAACCAAGGGAAACACCCCAAAAUAUGGUCUUAUCUACCAUUCCAGCUUCAUUGGCCGUGCCGGAGCAAAGAACAAAGGCCGUAUCUCGAGAUUUUUGGCAAACAAGUGCAGUAUUGCAAGCAGAAUCGAUAACUUCUCUGAGGAGCCUUCCACAAAAUUUGGAGAGGCAUUGAAGAAGCAAGUUGAGGAAAGAUUAGCCUUCUACGCAACUGGUGCAGCACCAAUGAAGAACGAGGAUGCUAUGGUAAGUUCUUCUUUUUAUCUGUACGAGAAUUCAUGACUAACCCAAAAAAACAGAAAUCCGCAAUGGAUGCCGUCCUAGGCGAUAUCCAAAUCGACGAACCAGUAGACACAGAAAUGGCCGACAUCGUCCCAGAAAAGAAAUCCAAAUCAUCCAAGAAGGAGAAAUCCAAGGACAAGGAUGGCAAGAAGGAGAAGAAGCGAAGACAUAGUGAAGUAAACGGCGACUCAGAAGUAGUCGAGAAGAAGAAGAAGAAGUCCAAGAAGGAAUCUGCCGACUCAGAUUAAGCAUCUAAUCUGUGCCGUUCGUUCUUGGGGGAUUUCUUCUCUUUUUUUUUAAUUUUGUACAUUUGGUUGGGCUGCUUGCAUGGUGUUGGCUUUUUCUCUUUUCGGUCUGUGUUGAAUAAAUGUGGCGUUUGAGGAAAAUAUGAUCAACCCUUUUCCCUUGAAUGUUCGGAUGGUCAUGAACGGUAGGUAGAUACGGACCUAGCAAAAAAUGAGAAAGAAAUCUUGAAAAUAUCAUGUACUUAUCCACGUGGUGUUGAGUCAGUGUAUAAAAUGGUAUGAACCGCAUCUCAAAAACGC